UAAUACUUAUCAGCAGAAAUUUCAAAUAAUUCCGUGAAAACUCCUUGAUUUUCACUGGUAGUUUUCAGUGUAUUCGUUAAAUCUACAUACAUACUACGUGUGCUUAAUUGCACCACAUUGCAACAUUGUGUUGUGAGUUAUAUCAAUCCGAAAAUGACUGAAGAAAAAGUAGCUGAAGUAGCCGCGGAGAGUAAUGGAAAAGAGGAGAAAGCAGAAAAUGGGGCAAAACCUGAGCCCAUGGAUGAAGCAGAGCUGGAGAGUGCUAUAAUUCGGCAGGUCGAAUAUUAUUUCGGUGACCUCAACCUCCCACGUGACAAGUUCCUCCGUGAGCAGGUGAAGCUGGAUGAUGGCUGGAUACCGUUUGAGAUCCUCAUCAAAUUCAACCGCCUCGCUAAGCUCACUACGGACCUGGAGCUCAUUGCUAAGCUGUUAGGAAGGUCCAGAAGUGGUCUACUUGAGAUCUCAGAAGACAACAAGAAGGUCCGCAGAAGCCCCGACAUGCCCCUACCCGAGAUGAACGAGGAGCGCCGUAAGGAAGUCCAGGGCCGCACAGUGUACGCCAAAGGUUUCCCCAAGGAUGCAGCUCUUGAUGAUGUCCUGAAGUACUUCAAACAGUUUGAGGAGGUGGAGAACGUCAUCAUGAGGAGAUACCAGGACAACAAGACUAAGAAGCGGCUGUUCAAGGGAUCAGUGUUUGCCACAUUUAAGACUAAAGAACAGGCACAAAAGUUCCUGGAACAGAGCGACGUGAAGUACGAAGAGAACGAGCUGAUCAGGAAGUGGCAGGAGGCCUACGUGGCCGAGAAGCAGGAAGAGUAUGCCGCCAAGAAAGAGAAGAAGGAGAAGAAACCCAAGAAUGUGGAACAGGAGCCUCCUAAGGAUGAGUUGAAGUUACCGACCGGCACGGUGCUGCACAUCGCCCACGGCAACGACAAGCUCAAGCGGGAGGACAUCAAGGAAGGAUUCGCUAAGUUUGGUGAAUACGAAAUAGCGUACGUGGACUCGAAUCUCGGCGACACGCAGGGCUGGGUACGAUUCGCCAAAGAAAACGCCGCCAAAGAGAUCUUCGAGAAAAUCCCCGAUGGAAAACUCACAGUCGCAGACACAGAAGUAACAGUUAAACUCCUCGGAGAAGAGGAAGAGGCCGCUUACCUGACGAAAACCAUUGAACAUAUGAGGAAGAGGAGGUUCAACUAUAAGAACAACAAGCACCAUAAUAAGGGAAGGAAUUUCAAGGGGAAACAGGGAGGGAGGAAACGCAGGCAAGACCAACAUGAUGACGGGCCAGCGGCAAAAGUUAAAGCAGACAGUUAAAUUAAUUAAUAUAUUUUCCAUAAGGUUGAAAGAUAGGUAUAAAUAAAGGGGCUUGUAAAAGGGCCAUAUUUUUACUGCAAUAUGUGGCCGACAACUAUUGGUGUCUUUCUCUAACAUGUGAGUAAGAGGAGGACACCAAUAUUAUAAUUGCCGGCCACAUAUUGCAGUGAAAAUAUGGCCCGUUUAGAAGACCCUUAGGGGCGUAGACAAAACUGUGUUCCUAACACGCCGAUUUUCUUGUGUUUAUGCUCAACACACACGUACAGAACUGCAUGUAUGCAUGCAAAAUUGGCUUGUCAUGAAGUCAUAGUUUUGCCUUAAGCGCGUCACACCUUACUUAAUUUAGUAACUAACGACAGUUACUGAAUUAAGUGAGGUGUGUAAAGCACUAAGCCUACCUCUAUCUAUCGUCAAAACUCACUAAUUACUAAAAAAUAAUUAAACAAAAAUCAACCUUAUUUAGCUAUUAAUAUGGUUCACUAUGGCUAUUAACUUGUGGUAGUAAUUAGUGAGUUUUGGCUGUCACCUGACGCUAUCUUUCAACUCUCUUUUUCAUGCGAAUUUUCAACAUUGUUUAAUGUUUCUUAAAGUAAUGUCGGAUCUCAAAUGUUAUUAUAAGGAUUUUGAGAUCAAUAAGAGAAGCAAUGUAACCGAUACAUGCUAACGUAUUUGUUAUCUAAGAUAAGAUGUUAAGAUGACCUUUUAAUGAAACUUGAGUUUCUUUUAUGUUUUAAAUAAAAAACGUAACUGUUU